AUGGGAAUUAAUAGGAAGCACACCUUCAAUGAUGAUGCUGGAUCUGCGAUUCUUGACUUUGUAUCAGUUGAUAAGUCUUUGGCCCCAGCGCUGAUGCAAGAAGAAGGCGAGAAAUUGUCCAAUCCCGAAUACACCGAAGACCUCACAAGAGCGGUGUAUUCUGGAUCUGCCACAAUAAUGGAUUUGAUGUUGCAACAAAAUAUCGAUGUGAAUGCUCGCGACCAUCGAGAUGGACGCACUGCCCUUUCAUAUGCAGCUGAGCUCGGUUAUGUUGAGAUAGCAGAGCUACUCCUUAAACGCGGAGCUGCAGUAAACAUUCGUCAAUACAGCCUGAGCAAGCGUGUCUUGGGUCGCGGGAUGAAUGACCUACCGUGGAUGAUCAGUGGUCGGAUGCCAAUACAUUGGGCAGCAGUCAACAGACAUAGUGCAGUUGUUGAGCUUUUCCUACAAUAUGGAGCAAACCCAAAUGCGAGGAAUACUCCCGGACGAUUGGUUCUUCAGGACUCCUGUGUGAAUGACGAUCCAAAAUCAGUCAGGCUAUUAUUGCAAGCCGGUGCAGAUGUUAAUGCCAGGGGCUAUUGUAGUGGCUGGACAGCGCUGCACGAAGCCGCUACAUGGAAUCAUAUUGAAGUACUUCAGAUCUUAUUGGAGUUCAACCCCUUACUCGACGUACCCGCAGUACACGAUCCCGAAGGCUGUUCCCCGUUACACAUAGCAACUAGAUGGGGCCACAUCGAAAUAAUGAAGCUCCUCUUGUUAAAUGGAGCAGAUCCUAACAUUAUCAUGGUUGAAGAUAUCACCCCGUUACACUUAGCUGCUGUUGGAGGCUGGUUGAAUGAACUCGACCUGCUCCUUGACUGGGGUGCUGCCAUUAACGUUCAGGACGCACGCCUCCGCGAAACUCCUUUACACAAAGCAGCGCGAAAUCUCGAGUUCGAAGUGAUUGAGAAAUUGUACUUAUCUGGCUCUUUUGGACUGCACUCGACAGAACCCUAG